AUGCUCAAGCGCUCAAGGCAUUACUCAACGACCACUGAUGACGGUGGAAAGGUGUCUAUCUUGUUCUAUUCCAUGACAGCGUCCCUAUCACAUCCACCGUCCACGACACUUACCGAGGGCAAGGUUAUCAACCCUAUCUGUCUGACUCGUCGCGCCGAGUCGAGAUGGACUUCCAUCUAUCCUUUUCUGCCACGCACUUGGUGGAAAUGCUGUGGAGAGGAGAUGCCUGUUCGGUUCAUGAGCCAGUGUUCAUCUUCCACCAAAAUUCCGAGGACAAAAGUUCUCCAAGAGGUUACAACAACACACUUGAUUCCUACCUAUUAUUCCUGGGCACGUAGUGCUACAGGGUUAAAGGGGUGA